AUGUCUUCCCCGCCCGUUCCCCUCCUCAAGGCCCCGGUGCCAGGCAAUCGCGGCAAUUCGAAUAGUCCCCGAGCGCCCAAACUGACCUUGGGGAUUCCUCCGUCUGCGACAAGUCGCCCCGUCACCAGUAACGGCGUUUCCAUCGCUUCAGACGCACCUCAGCCCCAGCUUCAGCCUCAGCCCCAACCCCAGCGACUUGCCCAUCGUCCACCUCCUCCCCAGCUGCGACUCGCAACACCAAAGGGUAGCACCCAAGACGUUCCGCAGAUCAACACGCGGCCUGCCCCGCCACCUUUAGCGACAACCGGAUUGAACGACGCAAAUGGACACUCGCGAUCGGGGAGUUUCACCCACCUGGAUGGGAAGGGCAGUGGCCCGGCGUCCGCCUCGUCAUCAAACUAUUCAACCCUUUCGUUCGCCAUGGGGCUCCGACAACCUCAUGGGGGUACGCCAGAUCCGUCAUCAGCAAUCAGCUCUGUAUAUUCGGACCGCGAAGGUGGUGCGCAGAUGGAACGAGAUAAUAGUGUCAAUGGUCUAAUUCCUGACUUGGACAAGCUCAGCUUGGAAAAAGGUCGACCACUGGAUGUGGAAGACUUGGACGACCAAGGUUGGCUGGCUGCUAGUGAGCAGAAGAAAAUCGUCGAGUUGGGGAGCUUAGGCGAAGGUGCCGGAGGCGCAGUUACGCGCUGCAAGCUUAAGGAUGGCAAGACUGUAUUUGCAUUGAAGAUCAUUACCACCGAUCCCAACCCCGACGUCAAGAAGCAGAUUAUUCGCGAACUCAAUUUCAAUAAGGAUUGCGCAUCGGAACACAUUUGCCGCUACUACGGUGCAUUCAUGGAUAAGUCGACCGGAACAAUAUCAAUUGCGAUGGAAUUUUGCGAAGGAGGCAGUUUGGACAGUAUAUACAAAGAAGUCAAGAAGCUCGGCGGACGGACAGGGGAGAAGGUGCUUGGAAAAGUCGCAGAAGGCGUCUUGAACGGACUGACCUAUCUUCAUGGAAGAAAGAUUAUUCAUCGAGAUAUCAAACCGUCGAACAUCCUUCUUUGCCGCAACGGACAGGUGAAACUAUGCGACUUUGGAGUCAGUGGAGAAUUCGGCACGAAGGGCGACGCGAAUACGUUCAUCGGCACUUCGUAUUACAUGGCCCCCGAACGAAUCACAGGACAAUCAUAUACCAUUACCUCCGAUGUCUGGUCACUCGGUGUAACGCUACUGGAAGUUGCGCAACACCGCUUCCCCUUCCCCGCAGACGGAACCGAGAUGCAACCUCGUGCUGGGCUUAUCGACUUGCUAACGUACAUUGUGCGGCAGCCAAUUCCCAAGCUCAAGGACGAACCAGAUAGUGGCAUCCGAUGGUCCAACAACUUCAAAUACUUUAUUGAAUGCUGCCUCGAGAAAGAACCCCCACGAAGAGCGACUCCAUGGCGGAUGCUGGAUCAUCCGUGGAUGCUGGACAUGAAGAACAAAAAAGUGAACAUGGCGAACUUCGUGAAGCAGGUCUGGGACUGGAGCGAUUAG